AUGAGUUCUCUACCUUUCAAGCUGAAUGACCCUAGCUUACUGCAUUUCGAUGCCUUUAUCAACGCUGAAUGGAAAGCCUCGCGAUCUGGCAAGCGCUUUGACAUACUCGACCCGGGUUCCGAAGUCAAAUGGGCCUCUUGCACCGACUGCCACCAAGAAGAUGUCGAUACCGCUGUCCAAAGCUCCCAUGCUGCUUUCCAAACCUUCCGCAAAUCACUUCCACGGGACCGAAGCAUCAUGCUGAUGAAUUGGUACAAUCUCGUGAGACAGAACCGUGAAGAUAUUGCUACAAUUCUCACCUAUGAGACCGGGAAACCCCUGUACGAGGCUCAAGGUGAAGUGGAUUACGCAUCAAGCUUCUUGAGAUGGUUCUCUGGAGAGGCAGAACGAGUCCAGGGAACUACAUCUUUAGCUUCCCUUCCGAACCGCCGAAUCUUUACGAUCAAGCAGCCGAUUGGAGUUGCUGUGGCACUUGUUCCAUGGAAUUUUCCAAUCGCGAUGGUACUCCGCAAAGCAGGGGCAGCCCUUGCAGCUGGAUGUACCUUCAUCUGCAAGCCCUCUCCGGAAACUCCUAUCAGCUGUCUGGUUAUGGCAGACCUUGCUCAUCGUGCCGGUUUCCCAGCUGGUGUCUUCAACGUACUGCCAACUAGCCUGGAAAAUACACCAGAUCUGUCCAAAGCUCUUUGUGAGCAUCCAUUGGUAAAGAAAGUCAGCUUUACGGGAUCAACGAGAAUUGGCCAAUUGAUCGCAUCGCUUUGCGCUCCACAGUUGAAGAAGGUUACCCUAGAGCUAGGGGGGAACUGUCCAUUUGUCAUCUUUGAUGAUGCAAAUCUCAAACAAACGCUUGAUGCUCUAAUGGCCCUCAAAUGGAGACAUGCGGGCCAGGCAUGCGUUACUGCUAACCGCAUUAUCGUCCAGUCCGGCAUAUAUGAAGAGUUUGUCCAAGCCUUGCGUGAAGCCACACAGGCUCUCAAAAUUGGGCAUGGCGCAGAAAAGAAUAUUGACAUCGGCCCUGUCACUACUCCACAGUCACUCCCCAAGAUUGAGGCUCACAUCUCAGACGCCGUCAGCCGCGGUGCGCAAGUCGUCUUGGGCGGGAAUCGCAUCGAAAGUUGCCCAGGAUAUUUCUUCGAGCCAACGAUCUUGAGAGACAUGGAUGAGCAAAUGCUCGCCAGCCAAGAAGAGUCGUUUGGUCCAUUGGCUUGUCUUUACAGAUUCGAAACAGAAGAUGAGGCCGUCAAACUGGCUAAUGCGACUUCGAUGGGGCUGGCGAGCUACUGCUUUACUAAGAAUGUAGAUCGCAUUUGGCGUCUUUAUGAAAACCUUGAGGCUGGGAUGAUCGGGCUUAACACAGGCAACUCAUCUGCCGCAGAGAGCCCUUUCGGUGGUAUGAAAAGCUCUGGGUAUGGUAAGGAGAGUGGAAAGGACGUUGCUAUCAAUGAGUACAUGGUCACGAAGACCGGAACAUUGACACUGGAAGGUCAAUUUUGA